AUGACUGGUCAAGCUGCUGCCGACACCAACGUCCCAGGACGAACAUGUGCUCUCUGUAAAGCCGGUAUCCCCUGGGACGUCACCUUCGCCGACUGCACCUAUUGCAGGCUGCCGUUCUGCAAGCACUGCUGGCUGCAACACCAGCCGAGCCACGCCCUGGCCUCGGUGUCGAUGGUGCACGCCGACAUCCACGACUCCCAGGACAGAAAUGCAACGGCCCCGCCGCCGCCGUGCUCGGCCUGUCGAAAGCGGGCGCCCAGUCGCUACGCGUGUCUCGAGUGUCCGUACACGCUGUGCCGGGGGUGCUGGUUCUCGCGCGGCGUCAACACGCACCCGCACCGGUCGUUCAAGGUGGUCGAGCCGCGAUGCAGCGUCAGGAGCACCACGCCGGCCGCCAGUUCAUGCUGCGACGCCGCGGCGGUCAACCACUGCGCGUCGUGCUCGGCGGCGCUCGCGCUCGGCCAGCCCGUCAUCUUCUGCAAGACCUGCUUCGUCGAGAUGGACGAGCCCGUGUACCGCUGCCUGGCCUGCUACUCGCUCGGCGGCGGCGACCACCACCACCACCCGGGGCACCACGAGCCGUGGCAGUGGACCUUCCAGGUCGCGAAGCCCGGGUGGCUGGCCAGCGGGAUCUACUGCCAGAAGUGUGCCCAGCCGAUGCGCACCGUCGAGGCGCUCAAGGGACACGCCCACACGGAGUACAUCGACGUCUACACCGAAGAGAACCUGAACCGCGUGACUGCGAGGUCUUACCGCGAGUGCCAGAGGAAAGUCAUGCGCGUUGACGGGCUGGUAGCCCACGGCGGCGAACAGUGCAGCCUCUGCUUACAUAAGACGACCCCGAUCUCGUCCUUGCACUGUCAGCAGUGUGACCAGGUCCUCAAGCUGUGCACCCACUGCGUGCAGUACGGCAGCAAACUGCACGUGCACCCCAUCCCGCGGUUCAACGACGACUCCAACCGAUCAGAGCACGGCCAGAUACGGCGCCUGGGAUCGGCAUCCCCGUUGACGGGACCUCCAUACUCACCCUCCGUCGCGCAGCCAUCGCCGACGUCCCCACGACCGGGUCAGAGCCCGUUCACCGGUGCCGGGCCUCAGCUGCCUCGGCCCGCGUCGCAGAGCUACGCCGCACCGGCGCGUCCAGUUGCAGGUCAUGGCAUACCCCCGCCGAGACAGCGGAUCAGCAGCGCGCCGCCGCAAGGGCUCUGGUCAAGACCUCAAAGCUACGUGCCGGGGCCGACGAGGCCUUAUGGCGUGGCACAGCACCAGUACCAGCACGGCCAGCACAGCCAUCAACAGAACUUCCUCAACGAGCUAGCCACCAGCAUCGCCGUGGCGUCGAUCACGAACGCAGUCGUGGCCGCGGAGUCGAACGCGAUCUACGGCGGGACCAAUGGAUCGGGCGCCGCAGAUCCCGGGACCUUCGACACCAGCACCGGCACCACGGCCGCGGACACGGGUGGCAUGGACACAACCCAGGACGCCGGCGGCGGCGGCGGCGUGCAGGUCACGGAAUGGACGACGUGGCAGGAUAAUGGUACCGCCGUGUACGACUCGGGAUGGGCACUGGACGACUCGGCGAUGUUCGAUUCGUCUUUUUGA